UUCACUCGCACUGGCUGCUGACAGCGCGCAGUCUCAGCCGCGAGGCGUAACGUUGUUACUCCACAAAACCUUAUGUUGACACAUUAGACGUCAAACUAUCGCUUUGGAUAUUCGGACUGUCCUGAAAUCCCAGAUGACAAGCCUUAAACCUGGAACGAGACGGUAGCAGUAAGAAUUUUUCUGAAAUGUGAGAGGUGUGCCGUGCAUGAGCUGGACUCGCAAAAAACAGGUGACGUUCCUUACUGGACUCUCAAACAUCUGAUUCUGGCUGGUGUAAGAGAAAGCAGGAUAAACGGAGAGCAGAACAUCUGCUAAACACAUAAACAGAAGGCUGUCACCAGGUGUGCUGUAUGUUUUGGUAUUACAAAGUAAGUCAGAGGACUUCUUUGUGCCCAAAGGCCUACGUUGUCUACAGGAGGGAUGAUCUGGAGUACUGCACACAGGCCUAUCAUUAGGCCAUUGGGGCACAUGCUUAGGAAUGGAUAGCUUUGCCACAAAAUGUUACAGCGCAACUUCCUUUAACUAUGGGGCACAGAUAAGAGAAUGUUACGGAAAUAUUUCUUCUCUUGAACUCAACACAAGCAGCAGUUUUUGGAGUAACUACAUAUUGUUGUGUGGCCAAGUGAAGUAGUUUUUGAUUUUUAAUGAUUUGCAUACAUUUUUUAUAUGAAUGUGUAUAGCAUUUAUUGUUUUUAAGGGAAACAUUUUUAUCAUAUAAACAGAUAAAAACAAAAGACCAUGGCAGCAACCUAUCGGAUUGUGGUCAGCAGCAUUAACUGUUACAACAGUGUUGUCAUUGACCGUCGUGUCCAACACACUGUACACUACUGUAAUGGGCCCUGUGGUGCCCUAAAACAUGGACUUAACUGCACAGUGGCUCACCGAAGCACUUGUGCUGAGCUUCUUGAUGCCCACAUGCCCAGACAUUGCUCUGACAGACCCAUCAGUAUUCAUGAGUCUAAAACUCUGGAGAAUGGCAACUGUGGGCCUGGUGCUUUCUGUGAUGACUACCACCAGGUUGUCCCUAGAGUCAAGAAAGGAUCAGCCAUCCAAAGCUCAGCCAGUCUUAAGGAUAUAACGGGGGAGGCCAUUAACCUGGCCAGUGGGAAAAUCAAGGAGUUUUCAUUUGAGAAGAUCAAGUACUCCUCCAGUCAUGUGACAUUCAGGAAGGGUCGUAAGGUUAGGCCAGAUUCUUUCAGCAGGAGGUCGACUGAUCUAGACAUCAUCUAUGGCCAGUUCACAGGGAAUGAUGAGAACUGUCCUCCAUUCGGGGUAUUUCAGAAAUCCGUUCUAGAAGAGCACAAACUUAGUCGGAGUGCAUCCCUGGAGCAGAACCUAAAUAAUGUGGCCACGCUAUACCUAAACAGCCUGACAGAGGAGAACCUAAUUAAUCGCAUUUUAGAGAAAACUAAGGCAGACAGCAGUGCCUCAGGAGAAGAUAUUAAAGCCUGUCUGGACAUUCUCCUCAAGUGCUCCGAGGACCUCAAAAAGUGCACUGACAUCAUCAAACAGUGUAUUAAAAGAAAGUCUAUGGGCGGAGGCAGCGAUGACUCAAGUAAUCCUGAGAUCAUUUAUAAAAAUGUAAUGGCACGUCUGUCCAACUACCUGAAAAGGCUUCCUCUUGAUCUGGAAGGACAAGCGGGACGGCAAGAGCACAGUGAGCUUGCUGAACUUGUGAGUAGCAUACAUGGGCUACAACAAAUUCCCUUCUCCCCCAUCUUUGGCAAUGAGCAACCUCCACGUUAUGAGGACGUUGUUCAAUCCCCUCCACCCACACAGCCUCGGAUUAAAUCAUCCCAGCCAGAACCUCAAGAAGGCUCCAGGGAUCCUGUAUGCAAUGUGAAACCCAUACAGACUCCCCCUGUUUUGUCAGCACGAACAUCUUCAUCAGCUAAUGGUUUUCAACAUGGCACCUUGCCCUCAGCCUCCAGUGGUGAUUCACCACCCUAUAUCUGCCACCACACAGCCUCAAGCAACCGACCGGAUACACUCUCUCUCUUGUCUUGCAGUAGUGAAAACUUGUGUAAAGAUGGCAUGGAGACUCUCUAUAUCGAGGAGGAGGAUGGAGAUGUGGGAAGAAUGUCUGACAGAACAGGUAAGGGGGAUAAGAAGCACAGUUGUGGACUCUUGGAGUCCAGACAGUACUCAAAAAAACCCAACGGCUACUCUGAGCCUAGUGGCAGUGUUUCAGAUAAACUUCACGAACUUAGCAGGAAUGGAACUGCAUUCAAGGCUAAAAAUGAUUCAACUGUCAACCAGAUGUAUUUGCCCAAAAGCACAGAUUCCCGAAUGUUCUCAAAGUCAACCUCACACAAGAGCGGGGCUGAUGACAUUGAUAAACUGCUGAUGGACCUUGAGUGUCUUUCUCAGAACAUGCAAAAGGAGCCUCCCUUGCCCCCUAAACUUAAGAACUUUGCCCAACAGACCAGCAGCUCCCCUCAGCACCAGCAUUUAAUUGAUAACUCAAGGGUUAAAGAGCUACCUGUGACAGGUUCCUCUGGCCCAUCAGUGGCUAAGCAGUCUAGGCCAGGGGCUGAAGCCACUGAAGAAGAUGAUGGAGCACUGCUUCUUAGGAUCCUUGAGAGCAUUGAAAGCUUUGCUCAGGAGCUGGUGGAAAGUGGAGCUGCUAGAGGAACUCAAAACAAGGAGCGAGAGGUCAUGCGUCUUCUUCAGGAAACACUGGCCACCACCAAAGCCGAGGUGGAUUCACACCCUCUGCCUUUACCUUCUUCUGAAACCUCACCAACACCUGCAGAAACACCCAAAUCUACACCUCUACCAAUGUCCUUAAGUGCUCCUGCAGCCAUACCUCUAACUGCUUCUAAUCUGAGGGACACAGGCUCAACGCUGCUUAUCCAACAGACGCCUGAAGUCAUCAGGAUUCAGCCAGAGAAGAAACCUGGAACACCUCCUCCAACUAUUGCACCUGCACCCUCCUCGCCAACCCCAAGGCCCCCCAGCCCUCCACCGGCCAAAGUGGUGGUCCCUCCCCCACCACCCUCCAUAAACAUUCCACGCUUCUACUUCCCCAAAGGCCUUCCAAACUGUACUGCCAACUUUGACGAGGCCAUUGCCAAAAUUGAGGCGGCCUUUACCGAAUUUGAGGAGGAAAAAGCUGACAUUUAUGAAAUGGGGAAGAUAGCAAAGGCAUGUGUGUGCCCCCUUUAUUGGAAAGCACCACUGUUUAUUUCUGCCGGUGGAGAGAGGACUGGCUUCGUUUCUGUUCACUCAUUUAUUGCAACAUGGAGAAAGUUAUUGCACAGCUGCUAUGAUGAUGCAUCCAAGUUUGUUUACUUGAUGGCCAAACCAGGCUGCAGUUACUUGGAACAAGAAGAUUUUAUUCCUCUGUUACAGGACAUAGUGGACACUCAUCCAGGACUGACGUUUUUAAAAGACGCUCCUGAAUUUCAUUCCCGCUACAUCACAACAGUGAUUCAGAGAAUAUUUUACACAGUUAAUCGCUCUUGGACAGGCAAGAUCAACAUAACUGAGCUCAGGAGAAGCAACUUCCUCCAGACUCUCGCCCUGCUUGAAGAAGAGGACGACAUCAAUCAAAUCACAGAUUAUUUCUCUUACGAGCACUUCUACGUCAUUUACUGUAAAUUCUGGGAGCUGGACACUGACCAUGACCUCUUCAUCGACCCCAAAGACUUGGGCAGAUACAAUGACCAUGCUUCAUCAAGCAGAAUCAUUGAGAGGCUGUUCUCAGGAGCCGUCACAAGGGGAAACUCGGUGCAGAGAGAAGGGAGAAUGAGCUAUGCUGAGUUUGUUUGGUUCCUCAUCUCAGAGGAGGACAAAAAGAACCCUACAAGUAUAGAGUACUGGUUCCGCUGUAUGGAUAUGGAUGGAGAUGGUGUUCUUUCAAUGUAUGAACUGGAGUUUUUCUAUGAGGAGCAGUGUGAGCGGAUGGAGGGGAUGGGCAUAGAACCACUGCCCUUCCAGGAUCUACUCUGCCAGAUGCUGGACUUAGUCAAACCAGAAUGCCCAGGUAAAAUUACUCUUCGAGAUCUGAAGCGCUGCAGGAUGGCACAUAUAUUCUAUGACACAUUUUUUAAUCUGGAGAAGUACCUGGACCAUGAGCAAAGAGAUCCCUUCGCCGUGCAAAAGGAUUUGGACAGUGAUGGUCCAGAGCCCUCAGAUUGGGAUAAAUAUGCCUCUGAAGAGUAUGAGAUUCUUGUGGCAGAAGAGACAGCCAAUGAACAGCUGCGAGAGGGAUCUUUCGAUGACGAUUAUGAGUCCGAUGAUCUCAUGGUCUCCUCAGACAUCGGAAAUAAAAUGGAUAAGCUGGUCAUAUCUGAUUUAACGGCAUAAGCCUCCGCUGUCAUCUACACACCUUGGCGUUUAUAGUCGAUCAUCUCCACCCCACGUCUCCCUUAUUGUCGCCGAGGGAAAACUUUUUCUACGUUUUGUUAAGGACAUUCGUUUGUGUGUGCAUGUGUGCAAUAGAACUAAUUCUAAAAACCAAACGGCUUUCAUACACCCACAAAAAGGCUUUAUGUGCAAUAUGUCUUAACAUGUAAAUGUAAACGCAUCGUUUUUCAACUCUCUUACUGACAGGAACAUCCACUCCCUCAAACUAUACUGCCGGCUGGUUCCAUCCACCCUUCAUAAAGACUUUGAUGUGACUUUUUAGUUACUUUAGAAUGUGUUUUAAUGUGAGUGAAAUUAAAUGCUGCCAUUUUAAAGAAAGAUUGAAAGAAAGAGCUCACAAUAGAGUUGCUCACAAUAUCCUUUUGUGAGGCACGUAACUUAGGGAAACUCAAAUGGAAGUCAUUAGAACAGCAUAUAUCCUGUGCUGCUAAGCUGUGUUGCACAUUAUGUUUAAGAGACAUUGUAUUGGUGUUCAACUAUUACAUUGGCUCUGUUGCCCCUAGUGGUCACUGAUGGUAUUGCAUGUUGUUGCUUAAUGGAAAAGACAGAAAGUUGAGAGAUUUUUUUUUUUUUUUAGGUAUUUAAACUUAACUACAGACAUCAAACCUCCAUUAUAUUUUUCCAAAUGAACUGACCAGGACAAUCUUAGACUUGAAAAUGCUUUUUGGAAAUUUUCUUUCACAGACAUAUACUCAAGAAAUGCUUUGUUUUUGGAGGGGUUCAAACUGUCAAAUCUUUUUAAAGAAAUGUAAACAUGGAUAUAUAUAUAUAUAUAUAUAUAUAUAUAUAUAUAUAUAUAUAUAUAUAUAUAUAUAUAUAUAUAUAAAUUUAUCAUCUUUUCAUCCUCAAAAUGAGGUGUACAGAGACGUGUGUCCUAUAGCGUUUUGUAUGUAUUGAAAUGAUUUAAAUGCACCUGUAUUCACGUGUAAAGAGAGCUAUAAAGCACUAUUUAUUGGGUGUGGGCAUUGUUAACUCUACAGUAUGAGCAAGAUUAUACAGAAUCCGAUCAGAUUGUAUAAUCACCUGUGUUUGAAAUGUCAUGUCACGGGUCAUGGUGGUCAUUGAUUAAGUCAUUUCAAUGUAGUAUGUACAGUAAAUUCAGUCCAUACAUCCUUCUGCAGGAACUCCAACCAUGACUGUUAUCGAACAGAUUUUUAGUUUGAUGCCAAUCAAACCAUAGAGUCCCAGUGUUUACACUUUUCAGGGAGAUUAAUCUACAAAUGGCUUACUUAUUAUUUUCUAUACAUUAUUAUGAUAUAGGAGAAAGUUUAUUUAAACAUGCACAACCUAACAAAUGAAUCAAAGCCAACUGUGGACAGCCAGAUCAGUGUUUUAAAAAGCUCUCUUUCUAUAUAUAUAUAUAUAUAUAUAUAUAUGUGUGUGUGCUUUAUGGCCAAACCUCCCUUUAUUCUGUAACACUCUUUGGUUAAUGUAAUUAGUGUAAUAUAUUUAUAUAUGUGAAGUGGUUUGUUUUGUUUGGCCAGCCAUUUGUAUGGUUUACCAGUAGUUUAUCUUGUACUCUAGUCUAGCUUUUUUGACCUAGGACAUUUAUUUUCUAUAGCCACUGUAAAUGUCUUUGUAUUUUAUUUUCCCGUCUGCCACUGAGUGGUAGGGGAAGUUUAAAUUAUUAUAUAUCUCGAACUGCCAGUGUUAUAUAAUGUGCAUUAAGCUGAGUGGGCAGGGGCUUUAUGAAGGAAUUCAGUAUGAAUUCAUUGAUCAGUGACAAUCAACUGGAUGCAUUUCUGCGAUAAGGACACGUAAGUAGCACUUCUUAGAAAACUGAGCAAUACGACUGCUGUAGUGUGUUAAGUUUUUAUCAGGACUAUUAGACGUUAACUAAAAAAAACACACGCAAACAUGAAUCUAAACUUGACUAAUGCUUAAAUUCUGGUUUAUCAUUUUUAUCACUAGCACAUUGAGCGCUAUGCAAAUCUUCUGGACAGCUAUUGGCAGCUACAGAAGCUGUAAACAACAACAAAAGUUGUUAGUGUGCAACUUUUCUUUAAUUCUAUUACUUUUUUGAGUUUCAUAUCUUUCCAUGUGUUUUUUUUCUAUCUGAUAUGUCUUGCUUUGCAGACAGUGACAGGAGAGAUUUCAGGAGUACUUCUGUCGCAGAAGUUGAAUGAUCUCUCAAGUGCUCUGAUGAGUUGCUCUUGUGUUCGCAUGAUUUUUUUUUUUUUUUUUUUGGAAAUUAUUAAAAUAAAUAAAAAUGUUAAUUCAU